AUGGCCUCUUCAGUGAUGGCAUCUGUAGCCCUUAAACCUGCCCCUUUCACUGUUGAGAAGUCCUCAGUGAGAGGACUGCCCUCCCUUUCAAGGAACUCCUCUUCAUUCAGAGUUGUGGCCAGUGGUGGCAAGAAGAUCAAGACUGACAAGCCUUUUGGAAUUAAUGGUGGUAUGAACUUGAGGGAUGGACUCGAUGCAUCAGGAAGGAAAGGAAAGGGAAAGGGUGUAUACCAAUUUGUUGACAAAUACGGUGCUAAUGUUGAUGGAUACAGUCCUAUCUUUGACACCAAGGACUGGUCUCCAACUGGUGAUGUCUACACUGGAGGUACGACUGGGUUGGCUAUCUGGGCUGUUACUCUACUUGGUCUGCUAGCUGGUGGUGUACUUCUUGUCUACAACACAAGUGCUUUGGCACAAUAG